GGAAGUGGUGCACCAACGGCCCGUCCGAUCUGCGGCCGUUCUAUAGCCCGCCGUGCUCCCCAGGAUCAGGCGUUUGCGGGACACACGCAGCCCUUUGGAUUCAAGGCUGUCGCGGAGGUGAUUAUCUCGGAGAAGGUGAAUGAGCGUCUCGAACGUGCCACAACUGUCAUCCUCUUCUGCAGAAUGUACAGAACCAAAGUGGGCUUGAAGGACCGCCAGCAGCUCUACAAGCUGAUCAUCAGCCAGCUGCUGUAUGACGGUUACAUCAGCAUCGCCAAUGGCCUCAUCAAUGAGAUCAAGCCCCAGUCAGUGUGCGCACCCUCGGAGCAGCUCCUGCAUCUCAUCAAGCUAGGGAUGGAGAAUGAUGACACUGCAGUUCAGUAUGCCAUUGGUCGCUCGGACACGGUCGCCCCGGGCACAGGGAUCGACCUGGAGUUUGAUGCAGAUGUCCAAACAAUGUCACCCGAGGCUUCCGAGUAUGAAACCUGUUAUGUCACUUCCCACAAAGGCCCAUGCCGCGUGGCCACCUAUAGCAGAGAUGGGCAGUUAAUAGCCACCGGAUCUGCUGACGCUUCCAUAAAGAUACUGGACACAGAAAGAAUGCUGGCCAAAAGUGCCAUGCCGAUCGAGGUCAUGAUGAAUGAGACUGCGCAACAGAACAUGGAGAACCACCCAGUGAUUCGAACUCUUUACGACCACGUGGAUGAAGUCACUUGUCUUGCUUUUCACCCAACAGAACAGAUCCUGGCCUCGGGCUCAAGGGAUUAUACUCUAAAACUAUUUGAUUAUUCCAAACCAUCUGCAAAAAGAGCCUUCAAAUACAUCCAGGAAGCGGAGAUGCUGCGCUCCAUCUCCUUCCACCCUUCUGGAGACUUCGUCCUCGUUGGAACUCAGCACCCCACGCUCCGCCUGUAUGACAUCAACACCUUCCAGUGCUUUGUCUCCUGCAAUCCCCAGGACCAGCACACCGAUGCCAUCUGUUCCGUCAACUAUAACCCCAGUGCCAACAUGUACGUCACUGGCAGCAAGGACGGCUGCAUCAAGCUGUGGGAUGGCGUCUCCAAUCGCUGCAUCACAACCUUUGAGAAGGCUCACGAUGGGGCAGAAGUCUGUUCUGCCAUUUUCUCCAAGAAUUCCAAGUACAUCCUCUCAAGUGGAAAAGACUCUGUAGCUAAACUCUGGGAGAUAUCCACGGGACGGACACUCGUGAGGUACACAGGCGCGGGUCUGAGCGGACGACAAGUGCACCGCACACAGGCUGUGUUCAACCACACCGAGGACUAUAUUUUGCUGCCGGACGAAAGGACCAUCAGCCUGUGCUGCUGGGACUCUAGGACAGCUGAGCGCAGGAACCUGCUGUCCCUGGGCCACAACAACAUCGUGCGCUGCAUAGUGCACUCUCCCACCAACCCUGGCUUCAUGACGUGCAGCGAUGAUUUCCGAGCUCGCUUCUGGUACCGGAGGUCCACUACUGACUGAGCUGGCCCCGCUCCUAGGGUUCUUGUCUCAGGACUCUGCCCUCCUCCCUGUAUCCUGCCACCGACUGCGGAAGUGAGCAACUUGCACCAUCUGUGGCGGGUGUGUGGCCGCCUGGCCCUGCCUUGGAUUUGUGUGUGGAAGCUCUUUCUUUACCUUGCUGUAGAAUCGUAGUGGGGAAAGUUGGGAACAGCUGUGCAGUUGUCCUGGUACAGUGAUUUCGAUGUGCUCUCCACCAGCUCAGUGAGUGCAGGACUUGGCGCGGCCUUCAACUCUCGCUCUGGGAGAAGGACAGAGUGUGGAAGUACUUCCUGGGCCUCAGGGUCACACUUGUCACCUCCUGCGCUGUCCCGCCCCCUCUGUAUUUUCUUUCCAGAUGCAUUUUGGCAUAUGAGGAGGGCUGCGUGUCUGAGGACCUGGGCUCCGUGUGGAUCCACCUUGCAGGGAUCCCAGCCCCAUCCUGAGGUGACAUCGUCCUGGUAAUAAAGCUCAGAUCUACAACCUCACUGUUCCUCCUUCUUCACGUCAAUCAAACGAAGGGUUUCUGGCCUCCUGUCUUCCAUCCCUGCUGCGCCCUGGAUACCGACAGCUCUCGCUGUUAGGGUUGGUGAUGAGCCUGCAAACCCAGGAGAGCAGGAUCAGGAGCGUAAGACCGCAGCUAAAUAGCAAGUUUGAGGCCAGCCUAGGCUACAUGAGCCCCUUUCUCAGAAAAAAACAACCCAAUAGGUGCCAUAGCCCAUACCUUAAUCCCAGCUCCUGGGCGCCUGAGGCGGGUAGAUCUCUGUGAGAUCCUAGCCUGGUCUAAAUAGUGAGUUCCAGAGUGGCCAGAGCUAUACAGUGAAACCUUGUCUCAAAAAAAGGAGGUAAUGAUGUGAUAUAUUCAGUCCAAGCACCAAGAACCUGCUAUCCCCAGCCCGGCGUGUCCCCAGCCAGGGAUAGCAGGGGCCUCACCUCAAUCUCCCAGAAGGGUGCUGCGCACUCCAUCUGAUAGGUUUUCUCUCUCGAAGUGUUUGGGAAGCUGGCAGUGUACUGUCUGCGUUACGUCACAUGUAGGCGACCCAGCCCUGCAUGACCCUCUUAACUAACAAAAUCUGCUUUUUGUUUCUCCUGAAGAAGAAUCCCUCAGGACCUGAGCAGCAGUACCUGGAAACGGUGUGAGGUCACCAAUUAAGCAGUGACCAGGCCCCAGUGACUCAUUCCUGAGUUGUGAGAACUUUGGCAUAAAAGGUCUGUUCCAGCCUCACCACUGGGGACCACUGGGUUUCUGGUUGUUGUCCUAAAGAGCUGUGUUUCUGUCCACAGGAAGUGCUAACUGGCACUCUUAUUUUGCAUUCUGACUUUCUGGUAUUUGACCCUGGCCACCUGGGGGUGCUGCCCAGAGGUUAGAAGCAGCCCAGUGGGCAGGGGCGAGGACCACCGUUCUGUCUAGGCAAGCCUUGCACUUGUUCCUCUGACAUCUCCGGUGCUUUCUGGCAGUGACAUGACAGCAGACUUGCCACCAUUUUCCCCACCUGCACGCCCUGCACAAGGUGCCAUGGUGCGGCAGCCACUCGGGAAUUAACGCCAGAGGCUUUGUGCGGUCUUGGGGCUGGCUCGGUGCCGGUAGUCUCAGGGCUAACAGGUGCAGGGUGGAGAUGCUCUCUUCUAUUUCCAAAACAGUUUCCUCCUCCCCCAUACCUUCCUCUCCUUCCUUUUAAAAUCCACAUCAAUGUUUGAGCUGCUGUUCCUGUCAAGAACAUCACACGGACUUCUCUUCACAGACCAUCUCGCUAUGUACCACAUAACACCUGGCAUUUGAAUGAAGAAUUUUAUACCUGGUCAGGAUAACUUACUCCUUCUAUGUUGUUUUUAAAGAUGUGAUUUCUAAAAUAAAUUUUUGUAUAUAACAGUGA